AUGUUUUAUCGUACUGGAAACACUGCUCCGGUGGUGAGCAACCCAGCAGACGAUCCAGAGGAUCGCGUGGCCGUUUACAUCCAGAGUUCUGGGACGACUGAUCUCUUCACUCGUCAUCCGGAGAAGGAAGGGCUGUGGCUCUACCAUAGCCGACUAGACGAUGUUAUUGUGCUCAGCAAUGGCGAGAAAUUCAACCCAACAUCGAUGGAGGAGAUCAUCGCCUCGCAUCCGCUGGUUGCACGCGCCGCCAUUCUUGGUCAAGGCCGAUUUCAGUCGGCGACCAUCAUAGAGCCGGAUUGGUCUUUAUGGAACGGCGAGCAGAGUGCAUUGAUUGACGAGAUCUGGCCAGUGGUGAAGAAAGCAAACGAAGCGGCUCCUGGCCAUGCCCAGCUGAUGAAGGAUCGGGUUGGAGUUUCUUCUCAGUCCAAGCCAUUCAAGCUCACUCCCAAGGGCACUGUUCAGCGACGAGGAGUGUUGAGUGACUAUGCAGAUGAGAUCGAUGCUCUGUAUCAAAGCGCGGACCAGGCCGAUGUUGCCCAAAUCGCCAAGGAUGCCUCGCGUCCUGAUAUUGCAGCAUAUAUCGUGACCGCCGGGUCGGAUAUUAUGGACAUUCCCACAAUUGACGAGAGUGCCGACAUCUUCUCUUCGGGCCUUGACUCUUUGCAGACUCUUCGACUGGGCCAAAUUCUACAAGCUUCCUUGCAAUCAGCACUGCCGGGCUUGGCUGCUACUGCGUUUGUUAGCCAACAGCACUACUCGCGACCAACGAUUGUCCAGCUUUCAGAAUACGUCUUCGAUCUUCUGCAGCCUAAAGACUCGCCUCCAGCCGCAGCUGUGGUGGAGCGACAGUGA